AGCGCAAAUCCUAGCAAUAUGCGACGACAUCAGAGCCCAGCCCGCCCUCGCUCGCUUUCCACCGUCGGUCCUCCGACAGUCCGACGUUUACGCGGGCCAUCCGUUUCCGCCGGAGCAGUGAGGCGAAGGCACCCGGCAGCCGCGGCCGCCGCGGCGCCGCCGCAUCCAUGGCUGGCCGACCGCCCGCAGCGCCGCUAGUUGGCACCGCCUUGGCCUCCGGUACCAGGCGUACCACCCCUCGAUUGUGCCAAAACCCACGGGUAUCUACUCCUGUCUGCCUCGAUCCAGCCCGGCAUGCAGUAGCAAUCUGCUGCCGACUCUUACGACUAGCGUCCUGCGCGCUGCGGCGGAUCUGCAGGCGUCACUAUUGCAUCCGCGAAAAUUUCUCUUCUUGGGAAAAAAAUGCUUGACUGAUUCCAAAGACCGACAAAUCAACCAAUCGGCUGCUUCUGGGUACAUUCUCGGAGCGAAUGGACUGGUUAUACCACGUGGGUUCGCUCCCCGUCGCACUCGCACGGUCGCACCAAAGCCACAGACUCGAUCUGGCCAAAAAGUCACGGUUUGGAGAGCACCGGCUGGUGAAGCUCGAUCGAGGGGAGGAAAUAAAGCUGCUCCGUGCUCGCCUUGGCUGGAGAAAGCCAGUCCUUGUGGCCGUUUGCCGGCGUUGAGGAGGUUAAGCCUGACACCGAGGUGUGCACGGUGCUCAGCAGUGAUACCCUUCCACAGACCCCGCAUAGUGCGGGAAGCCUACGGCACUGGGUACGCCCUACAGGUGCUCAGCAGUGUGGUAAAUGUGCUUUGGUAUAUACACCAGAACUUGCAGUGAAUAAGAUUAUGAUUGGAAAUCUCAUACACUGCCAUGAUAAGGUAAAACAUGAAGCUGGCAUCAAUGGCAAUAUUAAGAUUUUUACAGAAGAUGAGAUUAAAAGAAUUACCAACAACUUUAACACUCUUAUCGGAAAAGGUGGCUUUGGAGAAGUUUAUAGGGGAACCCUUGAUGAUGACAAUGAGCCUGUAGCUGUGAAGAAAUAUAUCAAUGAAGAUUUGAGAGAAGUGUUUAUGGAAGAAGUACGCAUCCAUAGUAAAAUUAGCCACAAGAAUGUGGUGAAGCUAAUAGGCUAUUGCAUUGGGAAAAGUACUCUCAUGAUCGUAAUGGAGUAUAUGUCCACAGGAAAUCUCAAUGACAUACUCCACUGCACUGAAAUUUCGAUCCCUUUGGAUGUAAGAUUGGGUAUUGCUAUAGGGUGUGCAGAGGCAUUGAGCUACAUGCAUUCAAUGCAUUUAUCAUCUGGCAACCUUAUCUGUCAUGGUGAUGUUAAGCCUGCCAACAUACUUCUAAAUGACAAUUUGACAGCAAAAAUAACCGAUUUUGGGGUUUCAAGGCUUCUGGUUGGUGGCAUCACUCAGUACACGACAAGUGUAAAAGGAAGUAUAGAUUACAUGGAUCCUAUAUAUAUUCAAGAAGGCCGUCUUACUCCAAGGAGUGAUGUUUAUAGCUUUGGAUUAGUUCUCUGUGAACUAAUAUCUAGAAAAAGGAUAAGAAAAGGUGACAUUAACCUCAUUUUAUAUGUCAAUAAAGGCUCCGCAAGUGGUAAAGGGUUUAGAGAAAUGUCUGAUGCUGCAAUUGCAAAUGAGGACAAUAUGAAGAUUCUCAAAGAAAUGAAGAAAUUGGCAACUGAAUGUGUAUCACUGAGCAUUUAUAGGCGUCCUCAGAUGACUGAUGUGGUCAGACGCCUUCGGAUGCUGAGAAAAGAAUUAAAGGAGAGACAUGAAUAUUAUUCAGAGUCAAUUUUGGCAUCACACCAUUCAUGGCGCAAAAACAACAAGCAAGAGAUAAUCAUGCCCACCUAUAAUUCUAAGAUGCAGAUCAAGAAGAGUCUGGGCUUUUUCAAGAGGAGCCUUAGUAACUCUAAGAUCCAAUCGGAACCCAGCGAUGUGAGGAUUUUCACACAGGAGGAGCUAAAAGAAGUCACGAAUAACUACUCUUAUCUAAUCAGUGGAGGUACUUCAGGUAAAGUUUACAGAGGAACACUCGAGGACAAUACGGUGGUAGCGGUGAGAAUAUUUUCUGAAGUACUCGAGGGCUUUGAAGAAGCGUUCGUCAAUGGUGGGAUGAUCCUGUCUCAGAUAUCCCAUAGGAACAUCAUCAAACUGGUGGGAUAUUGCUUGGACGCUGACUGCCCAGCUUUCUUGUAUGAGUACGCUGCUAAGGGCAGCCUAUCUGAUGUUCUGGACGGGCAUGAAGACUUCCCACUGGAUCUACGUGCGAAGAUCGUGGUGAAGAUCGCAGAAGCAUUAGAAUACCUCCAUUCACCAGCAACUGGUAUUAUCAGACACGGCUAUGUUGUGCCAUCCAAGAUACUCGUAGACAAUAAUUUCAUGCCAAAGCUCACCGGCUUUUCAUGGGCAAGGAGGCUUAUCCAGGAGAGUAACACUACUGCCAGCGACGACGUAAUUUCUAGUCAUCAGCAUCCAUCGAGCGGGUUCAACAACGACCCGAUCCACGACCACUAUGUGUCGCUAAAACUGAAGACCGAUGUGUACCAGUUCGGUGUCCUCCUCCUGACACUGAUUAGCAGGAAGAGCUUUGUGUUUUACGCCGAUCACGACGGCCUCGUCUCGCAGUUCCUCACAGCUUGCCAGGAAGAUGGCAGUGGAAGGGCGUUCUUUGAUGAUGAUGUUGCAGUCCAUGGUGGAGAUGUUGUUCUGCUUGAGGAGAUGGGGAGGCUGUCGCUGAAGUGUGUUUGUGAGGAAAUCGAGCAGAGACCAACGAUGCGAGAAGUGGCAGAGCACCUUCGGAUGAUCACGAGAUCUUGGAAGGACUUCAGCGGGAGCUACGCAGGAGCUGAAGGCAAUACUCCUGAGAGGCCACCUAGUUCAGACAUUGGAGAUUGACCAUGAGCAAUCCUGUACAUACGACAGUGAAUGAUAGAUGUGUUGUUUGUAUUGUUUCGUGGUCAGUGUUAGACUGCUGUUUACGUGUAGCUGCUGCUAUUGUUGUAUGUGUAGCUGCUAGGGGUGUAAAUGGUACGGAUAUUAUCUGUCUGUAUUAUAAUUCGAUCUGUCUAAAAGGGCUGAGAUCUGAUCCAUAUCUGAGUCUGGGUAUUGAUUAUCCGACCAGAUCCGAUUUUUA